AUGCCACUCAACUUCCCUACUUCGAGGACGCACUGGCGGCUCGAUGUCGUCAGUCUGCUUGCCGUUAUUGGCGAGUCAAGCAUGGCUAAACAUGCCCAACCCCUGACCGCCUCAUGGCUAUGUCUCCUACCACGAUUGAUACCUGCUCCUCAGGCACUCAUCCACCCUGCUAGGCCUGCCGGAUUGCCAUCGCAACCCGCCCACGUUGUUGGUAUCCAUUCGGGCAAUUACCUCCAGGAGCUCAACUACUUUGCCAAUUUGAUACACCCGAUAUCGGACCUCAAAAGGCAUAGCAUUCAUGAGAUCUAUAUCAAGCACAAGCCGAUCAAGGACAGAAGUGGCUUUGGUAAUGAGGACAAGGUCAAGGAGAUUGUUACCAAGUACUUCUCCUUCCUCAAUUUCUUGACAGUUGGCAGUACCUUGCUUAGCCUCGCACUUUUGGUGUGGUCCGUGAUUCACCAAGACGGCCCUGCGUGCAUAGCAAUUGCCAUCAUAUCCAUAACCUCUACCCUAGUGGGCGGGGCCUCGUAUUGGCGCCCUCUUCUAACAGAGCGCACCUAUGAUUCCGACGUACCACCAGGCGAUAUCGUUAUACGGACAAGAAGCGGCGCUUUCGUGGUUGUUCACUGCACGGAGGAGGUGGCCCGCGAGCUUUAUGUUGGAGCAGAGGACUGUGAUUAUGUGCUGGAUACUCGCCCGGCCCAGGUCCUUGUCGGAACAGGCACGAUCCUUCUCAUGAUCGGUGUUGUAUUGGUAGGGAACUGCACCUUUGAGAUGCAGGUUGCCCUUGGAGCAUCUUAUAUCGCGCUUAAUGGUCUGUACUGGGUCGCAGCACUCCUCCCCCCGCGCAACAACUGGGACCUGUUUACUCGAUAUGAGUGGGAUGAGGCACGUGUCAUUACCAAAGAGUCCUACACAUGCACCCUUUACGAAGCAAUCAUUGCCGCAAGUCGUAUCAGCAAAGACAAGGUUGGAGAAAUCAAGACGUCUUGGGCGAAAACCAGCAGGGCUGCUCCAGAUACACCUGUGUGGAACAAGUGGCUCGAUGAGGUGGCAGAAAAGGGAAACACAGAUGUCGACGGCAAGCCGUGGGAUCCAGUCGAGUCGUGGAAAUCAAUCAAGAGGAACGACGAUGCGGAGAGGGGCAUUGUGAAAAGUGAAAAAGAUAUCGGUCCCAUAACCAAGGGUGUGCUUCGUCGGCCUACUGAUGAAGUGAACGGCAGAAAGGUCAAUGCAGGAAAUUGA